AUGAUUGUGGUCGCUUUUGAGUCAGGACAUGCUAAAAAUGGUUUCAUGUUUGAAAACUGCAAUUUGUCCCAUAUGGACGCAUAUAACAAAGAUCAUUGGGUAUCAAGGCAGUCCAACCUUAAGACAAAUAUCACGUACCAGCAAGAAAAAGUUGGAAUUGUCUCCAAAGCAUGCACGUGUUUGGUUCAGCGUCUUGCAUGGGAAAAAAUCAUCAUUCUGUUCGAUAACCCUGGAGAACUCUUUGUACAGGAUAUGUUGAUGUACUGGAGUGAGACCCAGUUCCAGAUUCCAGUUCAGAUGACCAACGUUGACAGUGCUCAUUCUAACAGCAGCUAUAGAGUUUUUCUCCAUGAUCUUUAUCACGGCGUCCAUCGUCUGAACCUCAUUCUUAUAGCACGGCCAACGGCUGUUUCAGCAAUCAUUAAAGAUGUGAACGACUUCGACUUGUUUUCUAAUCGGUCAACGGAUUUCAGGCAUAGAUCUAAGUGGAUUGUUGUCUCGGAAGAAUCCAUCAAAGAAAACCUGACCACGUGGGCUAAGGACUUGGAAAAUGUCGCUUUUAUUUCCUCGCUGAAUAUGGAUGAUUAUUUCACAUCGCCUGUGUUCAGAAACGGAACUGUUUCAUACGAGGGGUAUGGCGUUGAUAUACUGAACGUGAUGGCAAAGUAUUUGAACUUCACGUAUGUUAUCACCCAACCUGAAGACAUGCAGUGGGGUCUGUUGGUGAAUGGAACGUGGAAUGGUAUUGUCGGCAUACUGGUCAGGAGAGAGGCUGACCUGCAGAUAUCCAGUUUGACUGUCCACGAAGACCGAGCUAUGGUGCUGCAUUUUCUUCAACCGCCGGUACAUACCCAGGUUGUUGAUGUUCUGUACAAGAGACUUGACCUGUACGAGGACAACCUAUUCACGUACAUCAGACAGUUCAAACCUAUGGUGUUCCUGUGUAUUGGAGUGUCUGCCGCAGUCUUCUGUCUCCUCUUUGUCAUAUCCGAGUGUAGUUCAGAACAUUCAACAGAAAGCGCUCGGACGUCUGGCUCCUGUCGCAGGAUACUGCUACUUUUAGACAGGGUUGCUUGGUUUACAGUAGCGUCUGCUGCACAACGCAGUGUCAGCAUAAAGACGAGAACCACUUCUGGAAACAUCUUAGUAGCGUCUUGGAGCUUAUUUCUCAUAGUUAUGACGGCUGCGUACACCGCUAAUUUGGUAGCGGAACUGACGUCAAAGAAACCGCGAGUUCCAUUCAGAACACUGGGCGAACUGGUUGACAACAAUGAAUUCACGUUUGGGUUGACAUCAAGUAGCAUUAAUAAACUCAUAUUUGAGAAAACUAAACACGGAGACAUCAAGCGUGCUUGGACCGUUAUACAACGCAGGGCAUCAACAGACCAGAACGUCCUCCACGAUUCUGAUGAGUAUCACCUACGACGAGCUCUUAGUGAAAAGUAUGCAUGGAUCACCAGCAGAAAGGUGGGAAGGCUUAGAGGAAAAGGAAAUUGUUCUUUAGUAUUUAUGAAUUCUCCCUUCAACUGGCAACAUCUGGCCUUCGCCGUCCCUGUUGGUUCUUCAUACAUCAACGAGUUUGAAAAGACGUUGUCAAUUUUAAAUGACAAUGGUGUUCUGGUGAGGCUCAGAAAAAAAUGGUUUAAAACAUUGUGUGACAAAGAAGAGUACACAAGCCUAGAGUCUGCGAAAAUACUCAAGUUAAGUGACGUCAGAGGAGCCUUUAUUCUGUCAGCUGUUGGAAUUGGAUUGGCUACCAUGGCAGUGAUACUAGAAAUAGUUUACACACGGACACUUGCUAAAUGA